UUUAUUACUUCUCUCUCGUCUUCGUCUCUCUCAUUUACAACACCCUUUGAUCUUCUUCUCCUUCUUCUUAUUAGGGUUUUCUUGUAAUGUGUCUGUAAGAAGAAAAAACAACAUGAUAGGAAUCUCCGGGUCAAUUUCAGACGGGGUCGAGACAGAACCUGUGUCUGGAUCUCCUUCUGAUCUCAAUCAGGCGGCGGAUGUCGUCGUCCUGAGUAACGAGUUUCAGAAUGUGGUUCUGGAUGAAGUUUCCAAGGAUGGGAAGAAGAUGAUGAGUGUCUCUGAGGGUGAUGGGAAAGCCCUAGAGGAAGAGGUGGAAGAAGAAGAUUGUGUGAGCGAGGAGGAGGAUGAGAGUCAAGUGUUGUUGUAUCCGGUGAGGCCAGGAGCAGAGGAUUGCGCCUUUUACAUGAAAACAGGGAGCUGCAAGUUCGGAUCCACUUGCAAAUUCAACCAUCCUCUUCCAAAUCCCAGCAAAAUCCAAAUUGCUAAGGAGAGUAAAGUAAGAGAAAAGGAAGAGGAUGCUACUGAUAAAAUGAGACUCAUGGAUUGCAAGUAUUACUUCAGGACAGGAGGUUGCAAAUAUGGAUUAACUUGUAGAUUCAACCACACUAAACCAAACUCUGAUCUUCCCUCACCACCUGAGCUUAACUUCCUCGGCCUUCCCAUCAGACCUGGAGAAAUUGAAUGUCUUUUCUACAUGCGCAAUGGCUCCUGUAAGUUCGGAGCUGACUGCAAAUUCAAUCAUCCUGAUCCUACAACUCUUGGAGGAACCGACUCUCCCUCUUUUCAUGGUAAUACCAAUGGUGGAUCCAUCGGAUCAUUUUCCCCCAAAAAUACAUUCCAACCAAGUUCAGCAUCCUGGUCUUCACCGAGGCAUUCCAACGGCACUGCUCCUUUUAUUCCAUCCAUGUUGUCUCAGAGUCGUGGAGCUUCAUCUCAAACUCCCGAGUGGAAUGGCUAUCAGGCUACUACUACUAUGUAUCCAUCAGAAAGGAGUGUGUUUUCUACUUCCACCACAUACCUUAUGAACAACAACAACAACUCAGCAGCUGAAACAAGUAUUUUCACACCAUACAAAUAUCAAAAACCUGCUGAGGAGUUUCCAGAACGUCCGGACCAGCCUGAGUGCAGUUACUAUCUCAAAACUGGGGAUUGUAAGUUCAAGUUCACUUGCAAAUACCAUCACCCUAAGAACCGUUUGCCGAAACAGCCUCCUUAUGCUCUCAAUGACAAGGGCUUGCCCCUUAGGCCUGAUCAAGUCAUCUGCACACAUUACAGUCGCUACGGCAUCUGCAAAUUUGGCCCAGCUUGUAGAUUUGACCAUUCCAUCCAGCUCCCGGAUUCGACAGGAAGCUCACAUGCUGUGGUAGAACCUCCCCAGGUCGGUGCUAAUGGGAAUGAAAGUGACGGUUGGAAUUGACACCAAGCUUCAUGAGCUUGCAUAACUGAUACGUCUUGUCUUUUAUCGUGGGGUUUUUCAUUUUUUUUUUCAAUUUUCGUCACAAAACGUUUAGGUCAAUUACACAUUCUGAACAAUGUCUAUGUGGCAAGCCCUAUCCUCAGUGCUUUUGACAGAUUUUUACCAAAGAACUUUUGUAAUCUACCUUACCCACCACACUCUCAGUCUUGAGGUUAAAUGGAGCCUGCAUGUUUCUUUCUA